AUGCGUUUCGCAACCGUCAUCUUCACCCUCCUCACCAGCAGCCUGCUUGCACUCGCUGCCCCAACCGAGGACGUCCAGGCCCUGAACACUCGCUCCGAGGGCCUCCAGCCUGAGGUUCGCAAUGUCCGCGUCGAGCGCGAGAUUGACGACGACGAUGUCGAUGUCGUUUCCGCUGAGAGGACCGAUAAUGCUCGGCCGCCUGCCUGCCCGCCCAACACGACCUGCGGAAUGUGCAAUGGAACAAGCUGCAGAAUUAACGGGGUGAAUCUGUGA